GGACGUUGCCGAGGCGGCGGGUAGAUGCCGGAUGCGGCUCCGCGUGAGCUGCGCGCUGCCAGCCCGACGCUCCGCGGGAGAUGAACGAGGCCGGGAGUCGCACCCCCGACCUGAUCCAGAGACCCGCCAGCCUCCUAGUGCCGACCUGGACAAAAACAGGAAUAGCCCUGCUGUAUAAUGAAGACACUGGGAACACCUGUGAUAUACGUCUGAAGCUGACUAAAGAAGCGCUAACCAUUCAGAAGCAGGACGUGGUGAGAGUCAGUGGAGGUGAAUCCCAUUCAAAUCGCAGAACUGUUGUACUUCGAAGACAAGCUGUUGGAGGCUUUGGCCUGAGCAUCAAAGGGGGAGCUGAACACAAAGUCCCAGUAGUUAUUUCAAAGAUUUUCAAAGAACAAUCAGAUCAAAUGGAAAUGCUAUUUGUCGGAGACGCGAUGCUACAGGUCAAUGGCAUUAAUGUGGAAAAUGCCACUCAUGAGGAAGUGGUGCAACUUCUGCGUAGUGCUGGAGAUGAAGUCACCAUUACUGUUCAAUUCCUCCGGGAGGCGCCGUCCUUCCUAAAACUCCCCCUGGGGUCUCCUGGACGUUCAAGUGAUCAGAGCAGUGGAGCUUCUUCACCCCUUUUUGACAGUGGGUUACACCUCAAUGGAAACUCAAACCACUAUGCUCCCUGCUCCCCCUCGUCGCCCCUGUCGCCCUCCGCUAAUGAGGCUCGCUACGAGAAACGCUGGCUGGACGCCCUGCCGCUGCCCCUGCUCCUGGCCCGUGUCUCCCGCUACAGACCAGGAAGCCAUAAAUUAAGGCCCAACAGUUUGGAGGUACUCGCUACGGACGCGGACUGCCCCACUGUUCUGCAGUUCUGCACGGCCUCGGAGAGCACCGAUUGGCUGCAGUCCGUAUCCACCAACAUCAAUGACCUGACAACGGAGAAUAUAAAAAAGACAAACAAAUUCAGCUCUCCUGAAGAUCAGAUAGUCCACAUGGGCUGGGUCUGUGAAAACCUAUUGGCUAAAGACUCCACACACGUCUACACCUCCAAAUUUCUGGUGUUGAAAGGAUCUUCUCUCUGCGUUUUCAACCGCCCCCCAGUCAGCACAUCGGACUGGGAACAGGCGGAGUCCAUCCACAACCUCUGUGAGGUUCUGUUUAAAGCCCAUAAGCUGUGGGUAGCGGAAGACUGCUGGACGCAGGCCAAGCUUUUCCGGGGGCAGCAGCAGGAAGCCGAGCUUCGGGACGGCCGGGCGCUGUGCUUCAGCGUGCUCCUGGGGCACGGACAUGCCCACAACUACAGCGUGGAGCUGGGCAGCGACCUCAACCUCUGGGAGAAGGCCUUCCAGACCGCCAUCUGUUUGGAUGUGCAAAGAGUGGGGUCAAAGACCUACAUGUGCAGCAGUCAAGGGAAGGUCCUGCGUUUUAUCAUCGACUUCGAAUCUGGGUUCACCUGCACAGAGUGCAGCUCAAAGAUGAUUCUAUGGAGGUACAGAUUCUCCCAGCUGAGAGGUUCAUCUGACGAUGGAAAGACAAGGGUCAAACUUUUGUUCCAGAACCCAGAGAGUAAACAGAUAGAGAUGAAGGAGUUAGAGUUUGCCAACCUGACCGCUGUCCUACACUGCAUACAUUCCUUCAUGGCGGCCAAAGUGGCAUCAGUGGACCCAGUGUUCACUGCCAAGAAGCACCUGCACACCAGCUAGAAGUGUUUACUCGACAUUCUCAACCUACACAAUGUACCCAUUCUACCUACUUCCGCUGUUGUGGACACAAUAGGGACGAUUCAAUGCACUUUGUCUUUAUGUUUGAGUGAACUAAGCAAAUAUUUUGUGUUUGUUUUGAUACAUUUCCAGUUCAGUGGUUGGCUGAAAUUAUUAAUAGAUAUUCUGCAGGAAUGCAAAACAUAGCCGUUGCUUAUUAUUCAUUACUUCAAAUGAAAGUAGUACUUUUUGGGGUUGAAUUGAAUCUGACCCUGUAUCUGUACAUAUGUACUUAGUUUCUUUUAUUUUUGUACGACUGUUGUAAGAUAAAAGGAAAAUAAUACUAUGAGCAAAAAUGCCCGCUAAAGUUUGAAGUAUAAAUAUUUUGACUUGCAUUGAUUGAAGAUGUAAGGUAAUUAACUUAGACUUUGCUGUUUCUGCACUUUAUACAUACUGGGUUCUGAGCAAGAAAUACCAACCAUGAGUGACAUUCUGUGUGCGUGUUUGGUGUGUUUGCAUGUGUGAGUGCAUGUACUGUAAGUACAGUAUGGUGUGUUUUUGUAUGUAUGUAUACACAACAAACAUUAGUCUUUUAACGGCAUUGUGUUUGAGUCUGAUUUCCUUGUUAAAACAUGUUGUUGUUGGCUUCACUGUACCCCUCCUAUGCUAAUAUCCCCAUUGCCAUUAAACUCACUGAAACCAAUGAAACACAGCAGAGUUUUGACUAUAGGAGGGACACCUGGAUUCUGGAAGCAUAGUGCAAAAAAAGUUACAUUCAAAAGAAACAAACCCCCUCUGUGUUACAGUUAAUCCUCUUUUGAUAUUUGAAACCUAUGGAAGAUUUUGAAUGCAUCAAGCUUAGAACAGUGGUCGGAGACAAACAAUGGAGAAAUUUGAUUCAAUGGUAAACACAUUGGAAUAAUUUGUCUUUUUUAAAGAGCUUGCAGUGAGCAGAUAAGGCUUGUGAAAGUGCAGCAGUCAAUUUGAGUUUAGAGCAGACCCGUCCCUUUUAUCUGAUCUCUUUCAUCACUGCUGCCACUCUUCUCCUUAAGAGUGGUUUAACUGAGCAAAAAGCACAAUACAACGAGUCAAACAUUUUAUUCAACAAAGACAAGAACUGCACGUUUUACAAUGUUUGCUUUGUUGUUAUUUUCUAAAGCUAGGUGUAUCAUUUCAUUUCCUAAAUGUGUUUUGUAAACGAAAAUAUUUGUGCUUAUUUUGCAAAUGUCAUACAUCUGUGAGGGCUGGGGUGGGUUAUUUUAAAGCUAUAGAGUUUAAAGCUACUCCAUGUUAAUCCUAUUUGUCAUUUACUUUGAAAUUUUAUUUUUUCUCUGCUGAUUAAUCAGUAUUGUAUUUGAUAUAUAGAAAAGUAUUGCAAAUUGAGGAAGUGAUAUUUAGAGUAUUUUAAUCUUUGUACAAAAAAGUAUCAUGUCACAAAAUCAUUUGUAAGGAGGAAAAUUAAUUUUAAUAUACAUUACAUGACUCCCACUUAUUUGUAAACUUUUAUGAAUAAAACAUUUCUAAACACAGA